CGGCGGAGGGAUGUCAGUCGAGCCGGUGGGUAUCUCCUUCUGGUCUUCGUGCAUCCGAGUCAGACGCGGACAGCGGGCCGAGUCAUCCUCCAUGACAGCCGGGUGACCACACGCCACACCAGCGGCCAGCGACACGCCUGCCGAGCAGAGAGCAUGCGGACCCGGUGACAGCCGACAGACGCCACCCGGAGCUUUUGUCGUCGAGUCCACACACACCGGGGGAAGUGCAGGACAGACACGCACGUCUGGAAGCUCUUGAACCGGCGUGCACCCCCCCAAAAAAUAAUAAUAACCCCCGUCGGCGUUCAGGUGUCAAGGUGAACAGCAUACACUUGCAACUGUCCUGUGCAUGCAAAUGCAUGAGGAGAUGCAUAGAGGGAGAGAGUUCUUUAUGUCACCUUGCAAGUUUGGUUGGCACGACACCACAGAAAGAUCCAAUUGCCAUUUCCACUUUGGAGGGAAGGAGAGUGAGAGGCAAUCCAGAUCGACAGAACACACAGAGAGACAGAGAGAAGAUUUGAAAUCAGUUGCAAAAGGCUAAAUGAAGGCCUUGUGAACAUGCACCAGGGAAGGCGUCCACUUUUCACUUGGGUGACUUCUCCAGAUGCUUUGGUCCAGAGAAGAAUGAAGAGCCAGGGGAAGAAUGUGAGCCAAGGUUGCUGCACAACACACAUUCACUGAGCCCAUAAGGAGAGCGUCCAUAAAGCUACGUCUCGAGAGCCCCUCACCUUUCCCUUCAACCUUUCGACUACCAAAAACACUAUGACCUCUGAGCUGGAAAGUAGCCUGACAUCAAUGGACUGGCUUCCACAGUUGGGCAUGAGGGCGACUAUCCAGAAGACCGACAGAGACGUGGGGGGGCUUCACCACGGCCACUUUCACGGACAACAUCAUCAUCAUCACCACCACCACCAUCACAGUCAACAUCAUCACGGACUUCAUGGGCCAGGAAAGAAAAUCACACACCUGGAACCAGGAACAACGUUGGACCAGGAGGAAAGUAGUCAACACAGGGACGGCAAACCGCCGUACAGCUACGCCAGCCUCAUCACCUUCGCCAUCAAUGGUUCUCCUCGCAAACGCAUGACUCUCAGUGAGAUCUACCAGUGGAUCUGUGACAACUUCCCCUACUACAGAGAGGCGGGCAGUGGCUGGAAGAAUUCAAUACGACACAACUUGUCCUUGAACAAGUGUUUUCUGAAAGUGCCUCGCUCCAAAGACGACCCUGGAAAAGGUUCCUAUUGGGCCAUAGACACCAACCCUAAAGAUGACACAGCACCCAGCAGGCCAAAGAAGAGGCCGCGCUCUGGUGAAAGAGCAUCAACUCCUUACAGCCUCGAGUCGGAGUCUCUGCGCAUGGACUGCAUCAUGUCAGGUGGAGCGUCCCCCACUCUGGCCAUCAAUGCUGUGACAAACAAGGUAGCUUUGUACAACCCAGAAGCAGAGGACUGUGAGAGUCCCGGGAGUCUUGGUGGCAGCCUGAGCAACAGCCUGUCUGAGCAGAGCAUGGCGUCCGUCAACCUCAACAACAUGACCUCCACCGUCGGCGGCGGCUUCACACCCGUCAGUAGUCACUCGGAGCCGUCGUCUCAGUCUCUGAGUCUCCAGCAGCCCCCUCAGCCUGUGCCGCCUCCCCCCCCUCCGCAGCCCCAGUACGGUCUGCCCGUCCCGGAGUCCCGGGAUAAGCACCUCUGCUUCUCGGACUUCGAGAACCUGAGCGCGUCCUUCCGCAGCCUGUAUAAGUGCGUCUUUGAGCAGUCUUUCUCGCAGCAAGCUCUGAUGGGGAUGGCGGGGGAGUCCAACCAACAGACAAGGACCGCCUGCUCCUACCAGCACUCACCUGGCACGGGAAAUGGUGUGGGCGGAGGAGGUGGCGGCCACCAUCACCAGCACAACCACCACCAUCCACACCACGCUCAGCAGCACCUGUCCGGCCACGGCCCACAGCACCCGUCUCUCUCCCACCAGAGCUGCCCGACUACAGAUUGGUACCCAAAUCUGGACUGGCUAAAGGAGAGCUGCCGUGUUGCUACCGGCUACAAUUGGGCUGAUGUGGACCUCUCCCCAUUUCAAGGCCUGAAGGAGAGCAUGCGUCAGGCCGAGCUCAACAACUGGUCCCUGGAUGCUGGCCAGGUAGCCGACCUGUGCUCUUCCAUCAACCAGUUCUUCACGGCCACGGGGGUCAUCCCCGUCUCGCAACCUCAGGUCGCACCUGGGGCGCCGCAGCACCCCGCUCAGCCGCUCGGCGCCAUGCACCCCAAGGCCGUCCAGCACAACCAGCACGGCCGACACAUUCGCACGGGAAACAUGUACAUGGACUCCAGACAGAACAUUCCUUCUCUGAUGGGACCACCCGGAUACCCCCACAUGCCUCCCAUUAGCAACACAGCUCCCACUAUGACGGUGGACUCCUCCAUCACGCUCUUACCAGGCCAUCACGGCCAGCUGAGCCAGCAGCAGCAGCACAUGUUUCCCCCAGGACACUUCCAGGUGAGGCGCAUGCUGGCUGCAGACGACAUCCAGGACGACUUUGACUGGGACUCCAUAGUAUAAGCGGACACAGGAAGUAAGAGAUAACCUGUGUUUGAUGUCCGUCGAGGUGUAGGACUGUACAGUCAGCUUCUUACGCCAGUGAGAAAUGAACUCGGAAGACAAUCCAAAGGGAUAAAAGAAGUCUUUUUUUGUGGGGGGGGGGGUGUAUGUAGCUGGAGGACAAGUGUAAAGACAAUCAAAUUGUUGCAAGUGGACCAAGUUGUAAACAACACCUGACACUGUGCCAACAUGGCUGACAAGUUGCUAAAUCUGUCAAAACAUCUGUGAAAUGUAAAUGCAUUUUAUACAUACAUACAUACAUACAUAUAUAUACACAUAUACAGACAUACAUAUAUAUAAAUAAAUAAAAACACACACACACACACACAUACUGGUUAUCAUUUGGAAUAGGGACCAAUUUUCUGAUCAUCACUUGUGGGGACCACCCUUUCUACAGGUUGUGGAGGCAUAAACAAAAAUGAGGUAAAAUGGCCACUGCCCAGUUAGCUCAUACACGUCUUUAAAUCUCUGGAUUGAUGAAGUAAUGUGCUGAUCAUUCUUACUGGGGACCCUGGGGAAAAAAAGAGUUAAUAUGGAUCAUGGGGACCAAAUUUAAACAAUUUUGCAUAAUUCACACAAAUUUGUACGUGACUAACGUAAUUUUAAAAAAUUUAAAAAAAGUUCAAAUGAAAUAUGACAUGAUCCUCCGAAUACAACACUACAGCUGUCCUCUUAUAGCAGGGGUAUCCAAACUUUUCCCACUGAGGGCCGCACACGGACAAAUUAAAGCACGUGGGGGCCAUUUUGAUAUUUUUCAUUUUCAAACCAUAACAAAAUAUAUGCAUUUUUUUAUUUAUUUUACCUUUAGGGGUCCCGGGGACCAUAAAGGGUCUCAGUCAUUAAAAUGUUGAAAAUAAGUCAGAUUAUUAUUAUUUUUUAAUUAUUUAACGCUUACAGUAAAUCUCUAUAUCAACUUCAAGUUGAUAUAAAGUAAUACAAAUUUUAAAAAAUGUUUUAUGGCUUUUCUGUCAAAAACAACUUACCGGUAGUUUUUUUUUAUAGUAAAACUGAAAUAUGCAGUAUUUAGUAAUUAGAGCCCUAAAAGAUCAAUAAUGCAGGACACCAUUGAUUUUAAUUAUUUCAUAUUUUUGAGUAAUCACAGUGAAAAGAUAUAUAACAAAUCACUAAAUAUAUUUGGGAUCCAAAAGGUGCCCCACUCAUAAAGUGAUCCAUUUUUAUUAGGUUUUUCUUUUACUUUCAACACUUAAGUUACGAGAUCAACUCCAGAUAUAUCUGUCGAUUUUAUGCUGGAACUAUUAUUUUGUUAGUUUUUUUGCGCUUUUGUCAAAGAAAACGUUGAUGUUUUUAUAUGGCUACUACACAAUAUAUGCAAUAUUUACCACAUAAAACAUUUUAAAGUGAAAUAUUUGAAGUAAUUGGAGCCCUGAAAAUAAUUCAUUAUAACAAGGAUUUUUUGUCAUUUUUUUUUUUUUUUGGAGCAAAGGCAGAAAAAGAAAAAUGAAGAAAGACAAAAGAAAAAAAAAACAGCCUGCAUGGCAGCUUUUGUGUCAACAUUGCAACUUUUUCUCGUUACAUUUCACCUCAUUCCACUUUUUUUAAUGUUCUUUUUUAUUUUUACAAUAGUAUUUCCAGAAUGUGUGGCGGGCCGGUAAACAAUUAGCUGCGGGCCUCAAAUGGCCCCCGGGCCGCACUUUGGACACCCCUGUCUUAUAGGAAGUUUCACCACUUAAAUGUUAAAGCAAAUCCUGCAUCUUCUGUGACAUUACUGAAAACUGCUCUUUAGCAGUAAUGACGUUGUCUGCAACUCCAACUACCAUAUAUAGAAGGAUAUAGAAUGGAUCUGACUAUCAUUUAAAAAGGUUUCCUUUUAGGGGACCUGUUUUUUUGUCCCCAUACCGUCAGAGGUCCCCUAAAGGUGACUGUGUAAAGCAGGCCUGGGCAAUUAUUUUGACUCGGGGGCCACAUUUAGAGAAAAAAAAUGUGUCUGGGGGCCGGUAUAUCUAUUUUUAGGAACACUAAUACAAAACCUCACAACAAUGUCUGAUUGAAUGCUAAAAACUUUAUGACAGAUCGCCUUAAAAAACGUAAUAGUAUUUUAAAUUUUUCUAUGAACGAUAAAACACUGACUAUUGACAAAAUAUGAAUGUCACACCCCCUUUCGAUCGACAUAUUUUACAAUCAAGUGAAACGCAACAAAAAUGCAACAAACAGUGAAAUAUGAACGCGAAGGGUACAAAAUAAACCCACCGACAAUCUGAUAGAUCACUAAGCUUUAGAUAUUUGUUGUGAAAAUCUCCUUCUGCGUCUGUGGAAACUCUUCCCGCCCACACUGCUUGGUGCCUCGUCUUAGCUGCUGUGACGUCGAUUACCAUAGUCACUAAUUAGAUUACCAUAGUAACUGGUAUAUCAUCCAUAAGCACAGAUUCCAACCAUUGAAAUACUUUGUAUAGUUCAAGACUUGCGGUCAUUAGAAAACAUGACUGCACAUCAUAAUGGCAGCUAGUUUCCAUCUUAAAGAUCUAAAAAAAAUUAUUUGGGAAUGUCUGGCGGGCCAAAUCCUUAAUUUGCUUACGUCUGGUGUAAAGAGAGUGAUGUCCCCAUUAAGUAAGCAUUGCCAGAACAUACACGCACACACACACACACACACACACACACACACACACACAAACACACAACCUGUGAAUUUAACAUAUGUUCCAAACAGAAGGAUAUUCAUUUAAAAGCAACUGUUUGGUUUUUCUUUGAGAAUUCUCUGUACUGCUUGUAUUACCUGUUCUUAUCUGAAAUGAGGACUUGCAGGGUGAGGAGAAUGCGUGAGUUGAGCGUCAUCUGCUGGUCAAAACAAGCAUCACAACAUAUCCUUUCAGAAGAAUUCUAUGCACCCACUCUCUUCUUGUUUUGUCUAUGGACAUUGUUUCAUCGUUUUUUUAUGUACGAAUCCAUGCUGUCACAUUCUCAGGGUGUUUCACCGAUUGGCCAUUUGAAGCCGUUUGCGUCUUAAGGUGACGGCAACGUUCAGUUGUUGGCUCCUGGGACAAAAAACAAACAAAAAACUGUAAUUUGUCAUCGAAAGAAAGUACAAUAGAAUAAGCUCAGACAACACUGGCUACACUCGGAUUCUUGCAUCCUAAAUGUAGUAAUUCUGAAACCAUGUAUAUGAUUUAUAACAAAGGUCAGCCAUGGCUCAUUUUGAGGUGAAGACGAGCAUCUUUUGCACAAUUGUAGUGAAAAACGAGAAAAAAAAAAGUGAUUUUUGUGGAAAAUCGGAUCAGGUAACGAGGGAACAACUCUUCUUUUAUCCAUUGUGUUCUAGUCCUUGUGUGGAAAAAGUGUUUUUUUUUCUUCUUUUAAGUGUACAGCUCCACAUUGCUCAAAAGAAACCAUGUUUGUAUCAACUGGACGUGAACAGGAAGUUGAAAAAAAAAAAGAAAAAAGAUGACUCUUUGAUAUUAUUGCCAUCAAUGCUGUAUUACAGUGACCAGCAUUAUAUCAGUUGUUUGUGCGUUGUUGUCCUUAUGUAAAUAACACAACAUUUCUCAUCGGUUUCCCUUUAAGAAGGAAAUAACUGCAGACUGGUGGGGAUUUUUUUUUGUUAUUAUUUUUUGUUCUUCAGGAGACACUGUGUGUAAAUAUCUUCCUUAUAUUGUAAAUAUGUGCUUUUUUGUGUGUCAUAGGUAAUGUGUGUAUGGUUCAACGGUUACAGAUCUGUUUCAGUGUUGAUUAAAAUGUAAUUGAACAUUUUUACUGCCCUAA